CGGCGAAAUUUUGACUCUGUCACUGUUGUAGAAAUAAGUUGUGAUAUUUGUUUCAAAAAUGCGUGAUGUAAAUGCUUACUUGUCUGCUCAACAAGCAAAAAGUUCCCCAGAAAGAGCUGAAGAAUGGGCGCAAUUGGAAGAAUAUUAUAAUAAAAAGCUAUGGCAUCAACUUACUUUGAAGCUUCUAACACUUGUCAAAGCUCCUCAUUUGCAAGAAGGAACAGCUUUAGUAGAAUUGUAUGACAAUUUUCUGGCUGAUUUUGAAAAUAAAAUUAGUCCAUUGUCUCUUGUUGAAAUAUUAAAGUUUGUUGUUAAACAAAUUUCUGAUUAUGAUAAGAAAAUAGACUUUAUGAUGAAGACAAAGGAAAAGGUUAAAGGAAACAAUGAAGCAGUUGUUCUGUGUAACAUAAUCUUAGGAUUACUGAAGUUGGAGAAAGCCGAUUUGGAUGGAGUAAAAAAAAUACUUGAAGAAACAGAAGCUAUGAUUGAUGCAAUGGAUGGCAUAAGUACUGUUCAUGGACGGUAUUAUCAGCUCAGCAGUGAUUAUCAUCAGAUUAAUGGCCAACAUGCCCAGUAUUACAGAGAUGCAUUGCGCUACCUUGGGUGCACAGAUCUUGAUGAUAUUGAUGGUGAAGAAAAGAAGGCAAGAGCUUUUACAUUAUCACUCGCAGCUUUGUUAGGUGAUGGUGUUUAUAACUUUGGAGAAUUACUUGCCCAUCCAAUAUUAAAUUCCCUUAAGGAUACAAGCAAGGAAUGGGUUGUUGAAUUAUUGUACACAUUUAACAGUGGAAAUUUAUCAAAGUAUGAAGAACUACGUAAAUUUUGGAUAACACAGGCUGACCUUGCUGCCCAUGAAAUAGCUCUACGGCAAAAAAUCUCAUUGCUUUGUUUGAUGGAAAUGACAUUCAAACGACCUGGUAACAAUCGGGUGUUAACAUUUACUGAAAUAGCAAAUGAGACAAGGCUACCAGAGAAUGAAGUAGAACUCUUGGUGAUGAAAGCCUUGUCUUUGGGUUUGGUUAAAGGCUCUAUAGAUCAAGUUGAUAAAACUGUAAAUAUGUCUUGGGUUCAGCCACGUGUUUUAUCACUAGAACAGAUUUCAAAUAUGAAGCAGAAGCUUGACCGUUGGUGCCAAGAAGUACAGAGUAUGGAAGUGCUUUUGGAAAAUAAGGCAUAUGAUAUUUUAACAUAGUUUAUUUAUUAACUUCCAAUCAUUCAUCAUGCAAUGUAAGCAGUUAUAUUGAAUAAAUAUUUUAAGGACA